AUGGUGUCUCAGAGCAGAGCCUCAUAUCUCAUGGUGUCUCUGAGCAGAGCCUCAUAUCUCAUGGUGUCUCUGAGCAGAGCCUCAUAUCUCAUGACAAACAGCCGCCACAAAGUAUUUGAUAGUGUUGCAAUUCGUGACUUGAAUAAGUUCAACGAUUGGCGUGAGUCUAGAUCUGUUCAAGAAAUAAUAUACUACUUUAGUAAUGAAUCCUCUGGGGAAACCUACCUCAGUUUGUGUUACAGAGAUCCUGUAAUUCUAUGGGUUAGGUGGUUAGUGUCUCUCUCCUCUUACCCUCCGACCCACUUGUCCUCUUCUUGCUCUGUCUCUCUGCCCUCUCUACAGCAGCAACAGCUCCAGGCUCAGCACCUGUCCCAUGCAGCCCACGGUGGUCCUCCCCUUCUGGCCGCGGGCCUCCAGCCUCCUGGAAUAAUCCCAGGGUCUGGGCUGCUGGCCCUGGGAGCUCUGGGGAGUCAGGCUAACCUCCCCGUUAAAGAUGAAAAGAACCACCAUGACGUGGAGCACAGAGCAGAGAGCACGAAUAACGUCUCCCCGACCGACAGUUUGAGGACAGCCAGUGAGAAACACAGCUCCUCCGACUACAGUCUGGACUCUAAGAAACGCAAAGUGGACGAGAAGGACAGUAUGAGCAGAUACGACAGUGAUGGAGAUAAGAGUGAUGACCUGGUCGUAGAUGUGUCCAAUGAGAAUGACAAGUCAUCAAUGCCAGGCCUGAAGUCGACCACUCCCACCCCUCGUAGCGACGCCCCCACCCCUGGCACCUCCACCACUCCUGGGCUGCGGCCCAUCCUGGGCAAACCCCCUGGCUUGGACGCUCUGGCGGCCCCAGCCCUGAGGACUCCCCUGUACCCUCCCUUCGUUAUGAUGGGUCACCACCAUGAGAUGAACGGAGGUCUGACCAGCCCUGGUGUCUACGCCGGGCUACACAUCUCUCCUCAGAUGAGCGCUGCCGCCGCCGCGUACGGACGAUCACCCAUGGGUUUUGAUCCUCAUCCCCACAUGAGACCAGGUCUUCCAGCCAGUCACACCUCCAUAUCUGGAGGGAAACCAGCCUACUCGUUCCACGUGAGUGCGGACGGCCAGAUGCAGCCGGUGCCGUUCCCUCCGGACGCCCUGAUAGGCCCGGGGAUCCCCCGGCACGCCCGUCAGAUCAACACGCUGAGCCACGGCGAGGUGGUAUGUGCCGUCACUAUCUCCAAUCCAACCAGACACGUCUACACGGGAGGGAAGGGCUGUGUCAAGAUCUGGGACAUCAGCCAGCCCGGCAGCAAGAGUCCUGUCUCUCAACUAGACUGUCUGAACAGGGAUAACUACAUCCGUUCCUGUAAGCUGCUCCCACGGUCGUAUAUCGUAGGAGGAGAGGCAGUACUUUAACCAUACUGGGAUCUGGCCUCCCAGAACGCCUCGUAUCAAGGUGAGCUGACGUCUUUCCGCCCGGCCUGCCUACGCCUCGCCAUCUCCCGAAGCAAGGUCUGCUUCUCCUGCUUGCAGGAUGGGAACAUCGCUGUCUGGGACUGCACACCAGAUCUCCCCCAGGCUGAGUAG